ACCUGGCUUCCGGCUGAGCUACGGUGAUGCCUCAUUGGUAAGGGGGAUCUUACUCCACAGCGGUCUUGUACCUAGGGAGCAUGGACCUGACUGGGUCCUUUCGUGGACAGGAAGUCUCCCUAAGGAACAAAGCUUUCAACACUUACAGGAAUGGCAGCGAAUCAACCAUUUCCCGAGUUCCCACGAGCUAACACGGAAGGAUCGUCUGUGGGCGCACUAUGCAGCCAUGCGGGAACUCUUCGGUGCUGAAGAGUUCGACUAUCUUCCUGAGACCUUUGUUCUCCCGGAUGAAAAGAAAUCCUUUCUGGAGGUACUGAUAGGAUCCAAUCAUCCUUCUUGGCUAUGGAUUGUGAAGCCACCUUCGCAGUCCCGAGGACGGGGAAUCUUCAUACUGCGUGAUCUGGAAGAUUUGCCCACCGACUCUUCAUGCGUUAUCAGCCGCUAUAUUGUCGAUCCUUACCUCAUCCAGGGCUAUAAGUUUGAUCUCCGAGUCUAUGUCCUGGUCACCGGUUUUGAUCCCCUGCGGGUGUAUCUAUAUCGGGAAGGGCUCACUAGGCUGGCCUGUAGUCCCUUCACAGUGAAGACUGCGGAGGACCUGCAGAACAAGUGA